CCCUCUCGUGAACCUUAUGACACUGCUCGACGACACCCUCAUUUAAUUCGUAUUUUUGACUCUUCAUGCUUUGCAUACACAAUUAAUUAACAAAGCUACCUCGCCGUUUGUGUCUCGCGCUACCGCGUUAAUGGUGACCUCUGUUUACGGCCGUAAACGAGCGCGUUAGAGGACAAAAGCUGCACGAGCCAAUGGGCGGACGGUUUGUUACGUUGUCCGAUAUUUUUCCAGGAUGCAAGGUGGGGCGCUACACUUCUGAGGGAACUAUUAUUGCUCCGUAUUGUUGUCCGCGUUUCUCGUCAACUGGAGUGUGCAAACCUUUAAAAAAACGGCUCGUAUUCUUAAAAGGUAAGAUUCCGUUUUAAACGCCCCGAAAAAGGUUCGACGUCAAUUUCCGGGAAGCAGAAAGGGUCGUUUGUCAACAGUCUCCUCGGAGGGGGCCCGUCCGUCCCGCUGGCGUGAUUGAUGUUCGCCCAACAGACUCGCCAAUGAAAAGAAAGCCUUGUAAUCCGCCGCGUCCCAAACGCAGCAGACCGGUCGGUGCCAGCAAUGAAUCCGCUCCAGAGCCGGGCACUGUGCUUGGCUCCGACGCACAAGCAAACUCUGAAACUGUCCCAGAUUCAACCGCACAAAUCAGGAACCUGGCUAUGAGGCAGCACAGUCACAAGCUCCUCAAGUUCUUGAAUGAGGACCGGACCAGACGGAGGUUCUGCGAUGUGUCGGUGUCUGUGGGUGGGAAGCUCUACAGUGCCCACAAAGUGGUGCUGGCCCAUGGGAGCAGCUACUUUCACGCCGAGCUGUCCAAGAACCCCGCUACAGCGCACGUGACUCUGGACCACGUGGAGGACUCUGUUUUUCAGCACCUGCUCGGCUUCUUGUACACCUCCGAGUGCGCCGUCGCAGAGACGGACCUUCCAGCUCUCACUGAAGCGGCCCAAUUCCUGGACAUGAUGGAUAUACUAAAGCUGCUGUGUGACGAAGGGGACAACAACCCGGUACGUGGGAUCCAGGCACAAGGUGAGAUAAGAGGGUCACCUGAGGUGGAAAUGACCUCCAGUGACUCACCGGCAGGUGACACCGAUAUCCAGAGCCCAUUUUAUGUUCAGUGCACCAUGUGCAGUCGCCAGUUUACCACUGAAAACUCCCUGCAGAACCACGUGGCUGAGAGUCACACUGAUGCAAAUCAGGAAACCUCAACUGAGAAAGAGAAGACGGCAGCUCAGAGCACUGCCACCACGCGGAGAUCAGCUCGCAGGAGGAGGACACCCACCAAAUAUCAGAGAGACACUGUGGAGCACACUAUCGACACUCUUGAGAAAAAACAAAGGACUGUAUCACCAAGAGAGCACGAUGAAGAAAGAAUGGAAGAAGCAGGAAAGUUGACUGUAGAAAACCGAUUGGCCAAACUGGACGCAAAUGAGACCUCCAAACCAGCUCGGGGGGAAGAUGUAGCGGACGAGGAGGAAGAGGAUGGAGACAUGAAUGAAGACGGGGUCGCCCUGAGUAAAGUUGUUGAGGUGUGCGCAGUAGAUGAGAGCAAGGGUCAGCAGGUUUUAGAUCCAGAAAGGGAUCAGCAACAGGCGGAUGGAGAGGUGAAGGUGAAGGUGAAGGUGCCAGCAGCAGGAAGCUCUAUCCAGAGUCCAGUGUACCCUGAGGGUCUGGCUCCUGUCAUCAUCCAAACCUCCAGCAAGAAGAUUCUCAAGUGCCCCAAAUGUGACAAGACCUUUGACCGUGCAGGGAAGUACGAGAGUCAUACCAGAGUGCACACGGGAGAGAAACCAUUUCAGUGUGACGUCUGUCUUCAGCGCUACUCCACCAAGUCGAACCUGACCGUACACAAGAAGAAGCACGCCAGCGACGCGCCCUUCCAGAAGAAGGAGCACAAAUGCCCCUUCUGCAACAAACUGCAUGCCAGCAAGAAAACCCUGGCCAAGCAUGUCAGGAGGUUUCAUCCAGACCACAUCCAAGAGUUUCUUACCAAGAGGAAGAGGAAGAGCGAAGGCUGGAAAUGUGCUAUUUGUCUGAAGACCUUCACCCGCAGGCCUCAUCUGCAGGAGCACAUGAUCCUGCACACCCAGGACCGGCCUUUCAAAUGCUCCUUCUGUGACGAAUACUUCAAGUCUAGGUUCGCCAGACUAAAGCACCAAGAAAAGUACCACUUGGGUCCCUUUCCCUGUGAGAUUUGUGGUCGACAGUUUAAUGACACAGGCAACCGAAAGAGGCACAUUGAGUGCACACAUGGAGGAAAGAGAAAGUGGACCUGCUUUGUUUGUGGUAAAUCCGUAAGGGAACGAACUACUUUGAGAGAGCACUUGAGGAUCCACAGUGGGGAGAAGCCUCACCUCUGUAGCAUCUGUGGCCAGAGUUUCCGUCAUGGCAGCUCUUACAGGCUCCACCUCCGAGUUCACCAUGACGACAAGCGCUACGAGUGUGACGAAUGCGGGAAGACCUUCAUACGCCAUGAUCACCUGACCAAACAUCAGAAAAUACACUCCGGUGAGAAAGCACACCAAUGUGAAGAGUGUGGCAAGUGCUUCAGGCGCCACGAUCACCUGACGGUCCACUACAAGAGCAUUCAUUUGGGAGAGAAAGUUUGGCAGAAGUAUAAAACCGCUGUGCAUCAGUGUGAGGUUUGCAAGAAAGAAUUUAAAGGAAAGUCCAGUCUGGAAAUGCACUUCAGGACCCACUCGGGUGAGAAACCCCACAGGUGUCCGGAGUGCAACCAGUCAUUUCGGAUCAAGAAGACCUUGACGAAGCACAUGGUGACUCACUCAGACGCUCGUCCUUUUAACUGCCCCAACUGCAGCGCCACCUUUAAAAGAAAAGACAAGCUCAAGUACCACGUUGACCACGUGCACAGCACCCGUUUCACCGGGCAGUCCCACGGCACACUCGCUGAGGACAAAACCGUCUCCAUUCCUUAUGAGGAGCCCUCGAAGGCAUACGUCGCUGAAGCUAAGUCAGCCCUCCAGAGCAGCCCUUCUCCUACGAAUGUCUGCGUGCCCGUCGCUUUAGUUCCGGUCCAGAUGGCGGGUGAAGCGCAGGGUGACCCGAAUGCUAGUAGGUCCACUUCUCUCUCCUCCCAAACUCACAGUGUUGUGAGCAUGCAGGAUCAAGGACCGCAGCAGAACUCCAGCUACCAGGCGGCUACAGACCUGGCGUUCUUAGAAAAGUACACCCUCACCCCUCAGGCCGCCAACAUUGUCCACCCUGUGAGGCCCAAUCAGAUGCUGGACCCCCGAGAGCAGUCCUACCUGGGCACGCUGCUGGGACUGGAUUCAGCUUCCUCUGUGCAGAACAUCUCAAACUCUGAGCUCACACACUGAUGCUCCUCAGAAAGAAAUCUGGGAAGGCACCGUCCAGCAAACAGUAUUCACCACAAAAAUAUACUCGCACUUCAAUACAGAGGACAAUUAUGCAACAUGAUUAUAUUUAAGACAAGCAUGGGAUAACCUCUUUGAUAAGCCUGAUCUCAGGAAAUUCACUCCUCAUUGUCACCAAAAUACAUAUUCAUGUGGUAUGUAAAAAAAAAAAAAAAACUGUGGAUUGAAAUAAGCGUCUUUCUGUUGUAACUUAAGUAAAACGAUGACAAAUAUCACCAUAACUCUCUGUCUGAAAAAGCAGGUGUUGGAACAUUUUUGUACCAAAAGUAUGAGAUGAACUCAAAUCUAAAAAUGAAAAAUUCAUUUUCCGAUGGCUGAUGUUUGAUCAUCUCUUGUUGUCAGUGAGUUAUGGUGGCACAAAUAACUUAUGUGUUUUUAAGGAGACAAAGCUAUUUAAUAUUUAAGGAGUCAGUUGAUUGACGGAAAAAGUAAUUUGUCAAUUUGGACAAAUCAGUUGAGUAAUUUAUCGAGUAAAAAUAGCAAUAAUGUGUUGGUUGUAACUUCUUGAUCUUGGUUGUAGUAACUUAUGAUAAACCAUGACUAUUUUUUAUAAAUUAAUUGGCUUACCAAAUCAAUAAAUAAAUAAUUAAACUGCAA